GUUUGUAUGCAUCAUGCGCUGCCCCGCUUCUUAUUGCCUUGCGAGGGAACGCGAAAUCGGGCCCAUCGAACUGCUGCUAUAUUGUCGCGAACAGCUGCUUCUCGCUCGUUCAGUUCCUCACUCUUCCUUAUUUUUAAUCGUGAACAAUUGCGCCAAACAUGUCGUCAAAACACUUCAUCAACGAUCCCACACACCUCGUCUCUUCGGCUCUCGAAUCCAUUACUCUCACAAACCCCAAUACUGCAUUCGAUGCCGAAAACAAAGUUAUAUACCUCAGGCCCGAUGCCGCUCCAGCACAAGUCAGCAUAAUCUCAGGUGGAGGAUCCGGACACGAGCCCUCAUUCGCAGCAUUUGUAGGUCCGGGACUUCUGAGCGGCGCAGUCGCAGGCACAAUCUUCGCUUCGCCUUCCGCAGAGCAAGUCCGAAGAUGCAUUUCACAACGUGUAGAAACGAGCAAAGGCGUGCUGGUUGUGGUGAUGAACUAUACGGGUGAUGUGUUGAACUUCGGUAUGGCUGUUGAGAAGGCCAAGGCUGCAGGACUAGAGGUGGAAAUGGUGGUCAUGGGCGACGAUGUUGCUGUUGGGAGAUCAAAAGGCGGUAAGGUUGGGCGGAGAGGUAUUGCUGGCACAGUCCUCAUCCACAAAAUUGCAGGAGCCCUCGCAGCGACUGGUGCGAGCUUGAAAGAUGUGCAUAAAGUCGCACAAGCUGUGGCGGAUAACACCGUGUCCAUGGGAUCUUCUUUGGCGCAUGUCCACGUCCCAGGGAGGGAAGAUCACGAAGAAGACCUCAAGCGUGAUGAGAUUGAGUUGGGUAUGGGUAUCCAUAACGAGGCUGGUUCCCAGCGCGCUGCUGCCAAUCUUCCAGAGAACAUCAAGCUGAUGCUUAAGAACAUGCUGGACCAGAGCGAUGAAGAUCGCGCCUUUCUCAAGAUAUCGAGCUCGGACGAAACCGUGCUGUUGAUCAACAACCUUGGCGCGGUGAGCGUUCUGGAGCUCGGAGGUAUCACAACCGAAGUCGUGAAACAGCUCGAAAGUGAUUAUGGUAUCAAGCCUGUGCGCAUCAUCGCUGGGACAUUUAUGACAUCGCUGAACGGCCUGGGGUUCUCGAUUUCACUUUUGAAGACCAGCGAUACAGGUGUCGGAAAGUCGAUUCUGGAGCUGCUAGACGCACCUUCCGAGGCUGCAGGCUGGUCUGCUGCUAUCACUUCCAAGACUUGGACCAACCGCCCGACCGAGACUCGCGAGCUGGCACGCGACAAGACAGCCGAAAACCAGCCUUCGAACAUCCAGAUCGAUGCAUCAUAUGCCAACAAAGUGCUCGGUCAGGCAUUAGACAAGUUGAUCCAGGCAGAGCCGGAGAUCACGCGGUACGACACGGUGGUCGGAGACGGAGACUGCGGUAUCGGCCUGAAGCGUGGUGCCGAAGGCAUCAAGAAGAAGCUUUCCGAGAUUGGAGGACAAAACGAUGCUGCGCUGUGGCUGAACGAGAUCAUCGGCGUGGUCGAGACCGAUAUGGAUGGCACAAGUGGUGCGCUUUAUGCCAUCUUCCUCAACGCGCUUGCAUACGGAAUUCGCCUGCAAGGCAACGGAGGCAGCAAGCAGGCAGAUCCGAAAAUUUGGGCAAGUGCUCUGCAAGAGGCCAGUCAAAGUCUCGCGAAGUAUACGCCGGCGAAGCCUGGUGACAGGACGUUGGUUGAUGCUCUGGCGCCUUUUGUUGAGGAGCUGAACUCGAGUGGAGAUGUGAAGAAGGCGGCGCAGGCUGCGGACGAGGGCUCGAAAAAGACCAAAGGCAUGCAAGCCAGCCUCGGCCGGACUGUGUACCUUGGUGGGAGUGGUUAUGAGGAGGUGCCCGAUCCUGGUGCAUAUGGUCUCUCCAUCUUUCUGUCCGGUCUGGCAGAGGCCCUAUGAUGCAGUGAGCUGUGGCCAUCAAUUGGCAAUGCGCGCAAUAAUCAUGGUACGAAGAGAAUAGU